AUGUCUGCGUUUGAAGAGAAGCCGAAGGUGUUCGAUGAGACGCUGAGCGAGGAUGCUGCUCUUGAGCAGCUUGGGUACCAGCAAGAACUCAAGCGUAGCUUCGGUUUGCUUGGCAUGAUAGGAUUUUCCUUCAGUAUCGUCACAUCAUGGACCGCUCUAUCUGGGGUACUUAUCAUCGGUGUGGAGUCUGGUGGGCCACCGAUCAUGGUUUGGGGCUGGCUAGCUGUAUGUAUAGUCACACUCGCGGUUGCAUAUUCAAUGGCAGAGAUGUGCAGUGCAUAUCCAGUCGCCGGUGGCCAGUACUCGUGGGUAGCCAUCCUGGCUCCGCAGAGAUGGGCGAGAGGUUUCUCGUAUAUUUGUGGUUGGUUCAUGCUGAUCGGCAUCCUCGCUAUGGGCGCAGUCAAUAACUUCAUCGGCGCGAAUUUCCUCCUUGGAAUGGCCAACCUCAGCCACCCAGACUACACCAUUGAACGCUGGCACACCGUCCUGGUCGCCUACCUCAUCGCCGUAUGCGCCGCGCUCUCUAACAUCUUCCUCCCCCGCUUCCUUGACAAGAUCUCCCAAGGCAUCCUCGUCUGGAACAUCGUCUCCUUCUUCGUCGUAUUUAUCACUAUCCUGGCCUGCAAUGACCACAAGCAGCCGGCCAGCUUCGUCUUCAGCACUUUCCAGAACGAGACUGGCUUCAACGGGUCCUACUGCGCUAUCCUGGGUAUUCUCCAAAGCGCCUUCGGCAUGUGCUGCUACGACGCGCCAUCCCAUAUGACGGAAGAGAUGCGAGAUGCUCGUAAACAAGCUCCUCGCGCUAUCGUCAUGUCUGUUUACAUGGGCGCGGUCACUGGCUUCAUCUUCCUCAUCAGUCUGUCUUUCUGCAUGGGCGACAUCGAGUCCACAGCGGGAACCACCACGGGUGUUCCCGUAAUCGCCAUCUUCUUCAACAGUACUGGCAGCGUCGGCGGCUCGUGCGCCUUGGCGUCCUUGAUCGCAGUCAUCGUGCUCUUCUGCGCCAACUCACUCAUGGCGGAGGGCUCGCGAGCUGUGUAUGCCUUCGCUCGUGAUCGCGGCCUGCCAUUCAGCAGUAUCCUCAGCAAAGUCGAGAAGAAGCGCCAAGUCCCGGUCUUUGCUAUUCUCUUUACUUGCCUGAUACAGAUCGCCUUCAAUUCGAUCUACUUCGGCACGAUCACGGGAUUCAACACUGUCAUCUCAAUUGCCACCAUGGGGUUUUAUCUUUCGUACGCCAUGCCACUCCUCGCACGCAUCCUAUCGUACCUCAAUAAGUCACAUACGACUCUGGAAGGCCCGUACUCGCUCGGCCGGCUGAGCUUGCCGCUCAAUGUCGUUGGGUUCCUCUUCCUAAUGUUUUGUGUUAUUACGUUCAAUUUUCCGAGUGUCAAGCCGGUGAAUGAGGAGAACAUGAAUUAUACGAGUGCGGCGGUUGGGGUCGUAAUGCUAAUUGCGACUGUUACAUGGGUAUUCGAUGGGAGGAAGAAUUUUACGGGGCCAGAGGUUGGAUCAGCAGAAAGGAUGCGGGAGCCAGAGGUGGAAUCAGAGCCAAAGGUUGAGUGA